AUGGUGACAGAAACGGAGCUCUCCCAGUUUACCACAACCCAUAUGUCAUGGUUCUUGCUGAAUCCGUGGUGUCUCUUCUUCACCUUAUUGCGCGAUCUGAUGACGCGGAAAAACGCAGAAGUUGAAGCAGCUCAGGUGAAUAAGUCCUUGACUCUCGAGAGUAUGGUGGCCGAUGAGGACAAACUCGAGCCUUCGUCCGAACAGCUUCUCCAUCGCUUCAUGGAGGUAAUUCUCAUCUUGUUCUCCAUCCUCUGCGAUGAACGAGACGUGUUUCGCAGCACCCCCGGCCGUGUUGAUCAUUCUAUCAAUGUCGGUUCCAAGCCGUGCAACAUCUUAGACGAUGGCUACGUCUACGUAUGCCGUGGAGGGACCUCCGGACACCCAAAGAAAGAGUAUGAUAAGAACGGUAAAUACUAUGCUACGUACUCGGUGAAUGGAAAGGCGCAACAUGAACCAUCUGAUCGGAACCGCUACGGGCAUAUACCCAUCAUCCGAUAUGAGGCCUUCGUGAUUCAUAUGCAUCAUUACUCCUUGACGAUCCAUACCGCUCGUUUCCCAACGGAUUAUCUCACAUGGGUUACAGACAGCACGGAAAGCAACCGCCCAACCGAACACUACUGCAUCCUGUACAAGGUAUCUAACGUGUACAAUCUAGCCAAGCCAGACAGUCGACUCGCUGCUGCUCGGGACAUUUUGACUCUUCUACAUGCUAUCAGGAACAGCGCGCCGACAGAGGACGGGUCGAGACUAUUUGUGGCUCGGGCAGUCAUGAGGCAGUCCAUCGGCGGUAAGAAAGAAUCUGGCGAGAAGAAAAACAUGCCAGUCAAGGAUCAAACCAAGGAUCACCGGGAUAACUCUGGCGACGGGAACAGGCACCAGCAGUACGGCCAAGCACCGGAGAAAAAGGAGAACUCAGCGCAGUUCUCCUUGAAGCAGGACUCGAAACAGCCGAAAAACACAGCCGUAGGCGCCGACAAGGGGAAACAGACCAAGGAAGAAGGUACUCACACGAAGCGUUACAAACAGAAGUUGCAACAGCGGCAGCAGCUGAAAAAGAACACCCAGGGUAACAACGCCAAUACAGAUGAUGAACGAUCGGGACGUGUCGAUGCGAAGGAGCGCAAUCCCGCUCACAUCGCUACCGCGGGCACGAAAAAAGUCAAAUCGAACACUGAGGCGAAUGGGGCCUACAAUCAGAGUCCCACUAUGGCUGUGAGAGGUUAUUAUGCCAAUGGUAAACUACAUGGUUUGUAA